AUGUACGUCCCAUCCACGGGUCCGAUCAUGUCCAGCCCCUAUAUGACGCAAGAGCCGGGGGCAAUUCCGAGCUUUGCACAACCCGUGAUGUCGCAGCCUUAUUUUCUACAAGAGCCGACCAGCAAAACAGCUGUGCCAGCAGCAUUUCAAGAUCCGGGUGUUCCGGUGCCCCUGCCAGCACUUGCAGCUGCACCACAAGGAGCACCAGCUGUGAAUGGCAUUCGGACGGCCAGGCCGAGCAACUUUGCAACACCGGCAGUUAUCGACGACGGAACUGCAGCCGUCUUCUUGCAGCAGUAUUUCAGCCUCGUCAAAUCGCACUGCGAGACCCGCUUGGUCAACAAGAAAUCGGCCAUGAGAGAAUUGAACGGCAAGCUGUUUCCGCUCAUCGUCGAGGCUUUCCACCGUCACGACAGGGAUGGUGACGGAGUACUAAACAAGCAGGAGGCGCACAUUUUGUUCACCCUCUUCGUAUCCGACAGACUCGGCUUCAGUGAUGCGGCGCGCGCGAUGAUCUAUCAGCAGACCGGGGACUCUGAGAAGGCAGCUGACCGGGUGGCGCAGUACAGCAAGUUCAAGGAAAUGUACGACAAACGAGCGUUCCAGGCUUUUGUUUCAGACGAGGAUGGCUACAUGCAGCUCCACGAAGUCCUUUCCACGCUGUCCUUGCACACUGACAAGCACAUGGCUUUGUUCAAGGCAUUCGGACUUCAGGAGGCAGAUGAAGAAACGGAAGAAUCCUAUUAUGUGGAUCACUACGCGUGA